AUGAUGAUGAUGAUGAUGAUAAUGAUGGAUAAUGACAAUGAUAGUACCAAUAAUGAUGACGACAAUGACACGGUGAUGGAUGAGGUUAAGAUAGUGGAAAAAUUGGAUGAACGAAGAUGGUGA